AAUUUCUCUAAAACGACUUAUAAUAAAAAACGGAGGGAGUAUAAAACAGAUAGUUUAAUCCACGUAUGAUAUCGGUUGGAUCAUCUUCCAUUUCGAACCUUCAUAUAGUUACGGUCAAUUUGAUUCGUCCGUCAUAUCAAUAGAAGAAUAAAUUAAUAAUACCUUCUUCUAGAUCUAUUAUAAACGAUUAACAUUCGUGGAAUAAAUUUAUAGUAACACUUUGGAUCUUUUACUCUGAACCGUAAACACGGUCACUCCAUGAAACAUUUAAAACGUGUAGCAAUGUAAAGCACUAUACAACUUCAAAAGCAAUAUUAGAUCAUAAACAUCUAUAAUUAAGAAACCAUCUAAAACUCCCACAAUGUAUUAUGGUUUUACCACCGAACGUAGACCCUUUUGUCGAAUAUGUAGACGUUUUUGCUUGUUUGAAAAGGAAUUCUCUAAAUUAAUUUUCUUAAAAUAUAUAAAAGACAACUGCGGCAAAAAAAAAGGGUUAGAAGAGAAAAAAAAAACUAAUAACCUAGUUUGUAAAACAAGCAUAUUAAAAUAUUUAACUAUAACCAACUAAAGAAAAGGAAUAGGCAAUGCCAAUGAUAUAAGCAUAUUUUGAACUUUUUAAUUAAGGAUUAUUUAAUUAAUUAUUUUUUUGUUGUAUUGGACUCUUAGAACAAUCCGUAUUGUGAAACAAAAAAAGAGAUUUCAAAAAUCUGAGUACUAAAAUUCUCAAUGUUUGUGUUUCGUUAUUGGCCAAAGUUCUCAGUUUCUAUUUGUUAAAAAAUCUCGAUAUUCUUGUUAUCAUUUAAUCAUUUAACACGAUUUAAGGUAUGCUAUUUAAUAAAUUGUUUGACCGUAUAAUCAAAUCAGUAAUGUUAAUAGUACUAAUCAUCACAAACAUAGGGAAGAUGACAUGAUGUCGCCACUCAAGCGUCGAAGUCCAAGACAGGUUGGCAUUACUAGUCACUAACUCCAGGUAGGUGAUUAUAAAUUAAUUUCAGCCAUUUAUUUGGGUCACGUCUGGGUAGUUGGGCCCAUACAAGGUUCAUUUCACAAAACCGAACGAGACAAAUGUAUAUUUGUAACAACAACAAAAAAAACAAAAAAAUUGUUGGCCGAAUAACAGAAACACCCUAUUAUUCUGUACUAGAAAAUAGUUUUUAAAAAGAAUUAAAAGUUAAAAAUUGGAAUAAAAUCAGGAGGAAGCUUCCCCAAGUAUAUUCAUAACUCUCUUCCGUUUUUCAUUCGCCGAGUCUCUCUCUCUCUCGCUUGCCAUCUCACAUCAGAAAGCCUCUCUCUCCGUCUCUCGUCUCUCGUCCCGCUAGGAAUCAAUAUGUCUUUGAGCAACGAGGAAGACGUAUCGAACAACUUUGGAUGCAACAUAUGUCUCGAAAUGGCGAGAGAGCCGAUCGUGACAUUAUGUGGUCAUUUGUUUUGUUGGCCUUGUCUAUACAAAUGGAUCCAUUUCCAUUCCCAGUCGAAGCACUGCCCUGUUUGUAAAGCUCCCGUCAAGGAAGACAGUUUGGUUCCUUUGUAUGGAUCCGGUAAGCCAUCCUCUGACCCGAGAUCGAAUCCUGCUACAAUCCCGAAUCGACCAUCUGCACCUGCUGCUGCACCUAGGCUUGAAACAGCUCGUCCUCGUCUCCGACAAAUACAUCAUCAUGAGUCUAGUUUCUUUGGAGGGUUUGCUUCAGUUCCAGGUGGUGCACGGUUCGGGAACUUCUUGUUGUAGAGUACGUAUCUUGACGAAGCCGAGUAGUCACGGUGUUCUGUUUUAGACAAUGUUUUAAAAAAACUACACAUUGGUUACAAAUUUUGUUUCUGAGCUCCAUUUUUCUACAUCUUAUGUUCUCAUAUAAUAAAGUAUUUGAAGUAAUUUGAGAUAUUUGAUUGUUCGGUCUUCGUCAUAAGCUC